UUGAGUUUUCUUCUGCUCUGUGGUGACUUCUGACCCUGAUCUGUCAUCUCCUCUUUAUACAGAUCACUUUCAGGUUUGUGUGCUAUAUGCCUACUAUAUCCCUCCGGCUUAAGGCUCUGUCUUGCGUGCUUGUGGCUUAAGCAAGCUUAAUUAUGUCCCUGUAUAUGAUUCGUACAUGUAUUCUGUAUCAGCUAGCAACAGAUUCAUGUUUCUGUUCCUAAUGGAAAAUAAUUUUCGGGUUUGUUGUUGCCCUCAAAACAGACAGAGUUUUAAGAGAUGGAGGGAGCUCUAGUGAGCACAGCAACCGGGGCCUUGAAGCCCGUCCUUGCGAAGCUAGCCGCUCUGCUUGGUGAUAAGUACACGAUCUUCAAGGGGCUGCACAAGGAGAUCAAGUCUCUCUCUACCGAACUCAUGGCCAUCCAUGCGUUCCUUCUCAAUAUGUCAGAGGAGGAGAAUCCUGAUGCCCAAGACCAGGCUUGGAUGACGGAAGUAAGGGAGCUAUCCUACGACAUGGAGGACAUUAUUGACGAGUUCAUGGUCCAUGUUGAUGAUGAAUCUGCCACUCCAGAUGGGUUCAUCAGUAAGUGUAAGAAAUCGCUCGCAAAUAUGAAGACUAAACGUCGAAUUGCCAAGGCAAUAGAAGAUUUCAAGAGCCAAAUCAACAUUGUCGGAGAAAGGCAUGCAAGGUAUAGAUCAGAGAAGACCAUCUGCAGGACCAGCAAUACAAUCAUUGACCACAGGGCUCUCUCUAUCUUUGAGCAUGCUUCAAAUCUUGUAGGUAUUGAAGGGCCGAAAAAUGAAGUAAUCAAAUUAUUGUCCGAUGAUGAUGGCUGUGAGUCAAAGCAACAACAUCCAAAGGUUGUCUCGGUUGUUGGUUUUGGAGGACUUGGUAAAACUACUCUUGCAUACCAAGUAUACCAACAGCUCAAGGGAAAUUUUUCCUGUUCGGUUUUCGUAUCAGUAUCACGAAAUCCAGACAUGAUGAGAAUUCUGAGAACUAUUUUAAGUGAGGUGACACAACGUGAUUAUGCUGUGACUGAAGCUGGAGAUGAACAACAACUUAUUAUUAAAAUUUCCAAUUUUCUUUCAAAAAAAAGGUACUUUGUUGUAAUUGAUGACAUAUGGAACGUGGAAAUAUGGAACAUUAUUAAAGGUGCAUUCUCCAUGAACAGUCGCUGCAGUAAAAUUAUCACCACUACUCGCAUAAGUGAUGUCGCUAGAUCGUGUUGUUCUUCAUUUCGUGGUCAUUUGUAUAAUAUACGGCCCCUUGAUACCGUGCACUCAAGAACGUUAUUUCAUAGAAGGCUAUUCAACCCUCAGGAAAAAUGUCCAUCACACCUUGAAGAAGUUUCUGACCAAAUAUUGAAAAAAUGUGACGGCUUACCUCUGGCAAUCAUAGCCAUAUCUGGUUUAUUGGCCAACAAACUAAGGACAAAGGAUCAAUGGGAACAUGUGAAAAAUUCAAUUGGUUGUGCACUUGAAAGAAAUCCUACGGUUGAGGGAAUGAUAAGUAUUUUAUCAUUGAGUUACUUUGAUCUUCCUCCUCAUCUAAAAACUUGUCUUUUGUAUCUAAGUAUAUUUCCAGAAGACUAUGUAAUUAGGAAGAAUGACUUGAUACUGAGAUGGAUUGCUGAGGGAUUCAUUCAUAAAGAGGACAGUAAUACCUUGUAUGAAUCAGGAGAAAUGUGUUUCAAUGAACUAGUCAACAGGAAUUUGCUACAACUUGAGAAGCAAAACUACAAUGGAUGUCGAGUUCAUGACACGGUUCUUGAUUUUAUCAUCUCGAUGUCCAAGAAAAAUAACUUUGUUACUUUAGUGACUUCUCCUUGUCUAACUAUUGAGGGACAGAACAAGAUCCGUCGGCUCUCCCUUCAAGUUGGCAGCGAGGAAGGAAAUUCAAUCCAACGAACAAUGUUGUCUCAUGCUCGAUCUCUUGAUGUGUUUUGGCUGCAUCUACAGGAGAUCCCUUCUCUAGUGGAGUUUCGGCACUUGCGUGUUCUGAGCUUUCAAGGUUGCAGGUGGUUGCAGAGCCAGCAUCUUGCAAAUAUAGGAAAGUUGUUUCAGCUAAGAUUCCUGAACCUCAGGAAAACAGGUCUAAAUGAACUGCCAGAAGAAAUCGGAUUUCUGCAGAACUUGCAGGCGCUGAACUUAGAAGGCAGCAAUAUGCAUCGACUACCACCACAUAUUACAAGGCUGGGAAAUUUGGUACAUCUAUUUACUGACAUUCGGAUUCAACUCCCGGAAGGUAUUGCGAAGAUGCGGUCACUAGAGACAUUAAAAUGGGUUGACCUAUCCAACCAUUCAUCUAACAUUGUAAAAGAACUUGGCCAGCUAGAGAAUUUGAGGGAACUGAAGUUGUUUAUGCCCAACGAUGAUAUAUGCGAUGAGCACGUGAAGGUUAUUGCCUCUUGUCUAGUUGAAUUAGGUAGACAUAACCUCCGUCGUCUAUAUAUCGUGGGUUAUACCGAAUUGCCUAACAGCCUCUUACCAGAUCCGUGGUGCCCUUCACCACUUAAACUCGAAGAACUUGACAUCUCUGACUCACCUAUGGUACAGGUUCCGAGUUGGAUGCGCUCAUUCGUCCAGCUUAAAAGGUUAGGCCUUAUUCUAAAGGAUGUCAGUGAUGAAGAUCUAACCACCCUCGGUCGCCUACCUUCUCUGCUACAUCUUCAUCUCAAUAUACCAAGAGGAGAACCAGGGUACGAGGAUAGGCUCCUCAUCAGUGGCUGCCAUGGAUUCUCAUGCUUGAGGCAGUUUUAUCUCACGGGUCAGCAGCCAAUUUUUACAGCGGGAUCUAUGCCAAGGCUAGAGCUACUCAGAGUUGAAAUGGAUGAAUCUAAGCCAGAGUUUCUAACUAAUGCUUCUCUUGAAAACCUCCCCUGCCUCACCACUGUGAAAUGUUUGCUUUUCAACUUUCAACGUGGUGAGGUGGCUCAAAAUGGGAAGACUGCCAUGGCGAGAGCAAUGAGUUCUCAUCCGAACCACCCUAGCCUUGUGUAUGAGUAG